AUGUUUCCCCUGCAGCUGCUCGCUCUGCUCUUCAUCUCCACGCAGAGACACGAUGUGAAGGACAAGAAGAGGCCGGCGGAAGAAGAGGAGCUGAAGCUCCAGAGGGGAGACCUGCUGGAGGUUCCCAGGACUCUGUUCACACACUUUGGGAUUUACCUGGGGGGAGGCAGAGUAGCUCAUUUCAUCCCCGACAUCAUGCCCGUCAUCUCCAGUGACCAGACUCAAAUCAAACAGAUGGUCACCAACAGCAGGCUCCUCCUGGGAGUACUGGCCAAGUGUGGCAGUGUGAGGGUGGACUCAGUGGAGGACUUCGCCUACGGAUCACAGAUACUCGUCAACACCAUGGACAAGGUGUGCAGCCGAGCGGCGCUGCAGGGGGAUGAGGUGGCCAGGCGGGCGGAGAAGCUGCAGGGCCACGUGCCCUACAGCCUGCUGUGGUACAACUGUGAACACUUCGUCAUGUACUGUCGCUAUGGCACCGCCAUGAGCUUCCAGACGUUUCAGUUCUGUAAGACGGUGAGGAAGCUGUUGCUGAGUCGGCGUGUUGCCAAGGUGUCGGCGGUGCUGGUGGCGUGCCUGCUCCUCUACCUGGGAGCUGUGACCACCUGCUCCGUUCUGCUGGCCGUCCAGCUGCCCUUCCUCAUCUGGAUGGCCUCGUAA